AUGGCGGACCAUGCCUUCAUUCGCUACGAGCAAAUACUUCUUGACACUCGCAACCGCCUGCAUUCGUUGAUUCGACGAGGAGACGUGAAACCAUGGCUGCUAUGGCAUGCCCUGCUUCCUAUGGUGCUACCCUUUGUGGCGCUUCUUAUCCCUCGGCGCAAAGGUGGCUGGUUUAUACGACCGAUUCUCUUUUCCGCUACGCUUAGCAUAAUCAUCGAGAUUAUUCUAUACCGCCGUGCACUACUAGGAGCCAAUGGAUACAUGGUUGGGUUGAUUAUGGUAUGGUGGCUUGUAUGGAGUUCGACGCUUCUCUUCUUCAACGAUAUCGAGCGGGACUUUCGCCGGAUUGAGCGAAUACAGACCAUCAAGACCAAGAGCCUUACUGGCCAAGGGCAUGGUCAUCUCAAUGGCAACAAUUCCAAAUCUGAUGUGGUUAACUCUUUAGUAUGGCAGCCUUAUCCUCAGUCGUUCGUACACCGUCUAGGUUGGACAGCCGCUCUGUUGCUGAAUUUGAGAGGCCCUGAUUUCAGCUUUAGGAUCUCCUCUCUCGAUCCAUUGCCUUUUCAGCUCGCUUCGAAACAGCACACUGCCGCCAGCAAACAUUCAUACACUAGCGCAAAAGCACAAUUACGCGCCGCUGCUGCGCGGUUUCUCAUCUCCUAUUUGGCUAUAGAUGUGCUUAAGCUGAUGUUCAUCCGGGAUCCGUACUUUUUUGGCACCCUCUCUGCCCCAGCUCCGUUUCCGUUCAAUUACCUCUCAGCGGUUCCAUGCAUGGUGCAAGUAUAUCGCUUUCUCGCGACUGGCAUGGGCGUUUACUUUGCUCUUCAGUUUGUGACUCCACUCAACCCGUUGUUUUUCCUUGGCCUUUCCACGGCUUUUCCCAAUGCGAUCCGCGCAUUCACAGCAACACCUCUCGAUGCCACUUGGCUAUAUGCCGACCAAUUCGGCCCUAUCAUAGCUAUCCUGGACAGUGGCCUCGCCGGCGCCUGGAGCACCUGGUGGCACCAAAUGUUCCGGUUCGGAUUUGUCUCCACAGCCAAAUGGAUCAUGUCGUUUUUGCCGCACGCCAUUUCCUCUCGUCGUAUUAUACGACGUGUAAUCAUCACAGUCGUCGCCUUCGGUAUUAGUGGCUUGAUGCACGCCUCGGGAAGUUACACUCAGCUCGGCGACACCUGGCCCAUUGGCCCUUUUCUCUUCUUUAUCCUUCAAGCUGCUGGAGUGUUCAUUCAAGAUUCAUGCUCUCGCAUCCUAGUACCAGUACUUACGACUCAAGGCAUCCCGCCUGCGUGCUGGCUACGUAGGCUUGGUAAUGGAAUCUUCGCCGUUGGCUGGCUGCUGCUUACUGCGAGUUUUAUUGCCGAUGAUUUUGCGAAGGGCGGGCUAUGGUUGACUGAGCCUUUGCCUGUUAGCCCAAUCCGUGGACUCAUGGGCCGAGGCUGGCUCUGUUGGCGGACUGCCUGGUUCGAGUAUUAUGAUGAUGGGACUUUUUGGGGGAGUGGUAUACGUAUUAUAUAA